AUGGAAUUGGGGAGGCCAUGCAGUCUUCUUCUUCUUCUUGCUCUAAUGGUGGGGUUGGUGCUUCAAAAUGAAGUGGCAGUGGCAUUGGCAAAAGUGCCUGCUGUUUUCAUAUUUGGGGAUUCCACUGCAGAUGUGGGGAACAACAACUACUUGAGGAGCAAGGCCAAGGCGAACUUUCCCCAUAAUGGCAUUGAUUUCCCUGGAAAGAAAGCAACUGGGAGGUUUAGCAACGGUUACAAUAGUGCCGAUUUUAUUGCGAUGCAUGUUGGUCUCAAGAGCAGCCCUCCACCCAUUCUCUCUUUAUCAAAGGGAAACUUCGACAAACAAAUCCUUAAAGGUGUGAAUUUUGCUUCCGGAGGGUCGGGUAUUUUUGACACCACUGGCAAGAAACUGCAUCAAGUUCUGCCCUUGAAGACACAGCUGAGGCAUUUCUCUGCAGUAUACAAAAGCCUCACACAAAGGUUGGGGAAAGUGCGAGCAGAGGAGAUGCUUGCUAAGUCCCUCUUCGUCGUUUCCGUAGGAAGCAACGAUCUCUUCGAUAACUUCAACCCUUUUAUUCCUAAGACAUCUGCUGAGCAGGACGAGUUCAUUGCCAAUCUGACUGCUACCUACAAAGGACACUUGAAAGCUCUUUAUGGAAUGGGAGCGAGGAAGUUCGGGAUAAUAAGCGCCCCUCCAAUUGGGUGUUGCCCUCAGAUGAGGACACUAAGCCCUUCUGGCUCCUGCUUAGAGGAGUUGAAUGACAUGGCACGCAAGUUCUUCUCUGCUUCAGAGAUCCUUCUCCGCAAUCUCACCUUGGAGCAGAAAUGCAUGAAGUAUUCAAUUGCCAAUACAUUCGAGAUGGUCGAGAACUUCUUCCUGAACCAUACGCAAUUCGGCUUCACUGAAUUGGAGAAGGCUUGCUGUGGGAAAGGGAGGUUUAAUGGGGAAUCUGCUUGCACCCCAGAUGCAGAUUACUGUCCAAACCGCAACAAAUACUUGUUUUGGGACCUUUAUCAUCCUACACAGGCUGCUUCCAAGCUUGCAGCAAAGACCAUUUACUAUGGCUCCCAGAAAUUUGUGACUCCAAUAAAUUUCAUGCAAUUGGUCACUGAAAAAUAGUAG